AUGGCGUCCUUCUUCCGUCGCUCGAUGCUCCGCCCGACAGCGCUGCGCUCUGCGGCCCUUGGCCUCUCGGCCAUCACCAGCGUCGCCAUGUGCGAGGCCGAGGCCAAGCCUGCCAAGAAGAUGGAGUUUGUCGGUGUCUUCCUCGACGCCAAGUCGCGCAAGCAGCUCGAGGAGCGCUUUGCCGCCGUCCAUGCCAAGAUCCCGGACCAAAGCACGGUCGUGCUGAAGUACAACCCGACGGCCGACGAGCUCAGCACGUUUGCGCCCAUCAUGGGCCACAACGUCAAGAUCGAAGUCAAGGCGCUCGCGGAAGACGAACACACGCAGACGGCGGUGGUCGCCGUCUCGACGGAACACGGUGCCGUGCAGUACGCGGUCGAGUGCCCCCACGUGACGCUCUCGUACUCUGGCGAAGAAGGCUACUCGCAGGCGUACGCCAACGUCCUCUUCGAGCGCCUCCAGAAGACGGGCAGCCUGACGCUUGAGGAGACGGACGAAG